GCGAGCAAAAAGUUAGGAUUGGUACCGGUACCACAAAGCGUAAUUUUAAAUCUCCGCUGUAGUGUAGAAGCGGUAUAAAAUGAGUUUUACAGCUGGGAACAUUUUUAUAAGAUUAAGGAAACAAUUUAACGUUAAUCAUUUUCAGUUUAUAAUUAAUGCACGUCCUACUCAGCCAUGUAAUAUUAUAAAUAUUCAAAAAAGAUAUAAAACAAAAUUAUCUAAGCCUAACCUUUAUGUACCGAACCGAAACGAAGGAUUUUCUACAAAGAAAGAGAAAAUUGGAGUUUAUGGAUAUUGCUUGCUGAGUGUACCAAUUGUCACAUUUUUACUCGGUACUUGGCAAGUUCAAAGACGUAAAUGGAAGUUGAAUUUACUAGAAACUUUAAGCAAACGUAUUAAUCACAAGCCUAUUGAGCUACCUAAUAAUUUAGAAGAACUGGAGUCGAAAGAAUAUUAUCCGAUUAAAGUAAAAGGAACAUUUGUGUACGAGAAAGAAUUUGUUAUAGGACCUAGAAGUUUGAUAGUGGAUGGUGAUGCAAACAGCAGUGGAUCUUUCUUUGGAAGCGGAGAAACCCAGAAGGGAUAUUGCGUUAUUACACCCUUCAAAUUAUUAGAUCAAGAUUGUACGAUCUUAAUAAAUCGUGGAUGGAUUCCAAGAACACAUAAAAGUCCAGUAAAAAGGCAAGAAGGUCAAAUAGAAGGAGAAGUUGAAAUAACCGGAAUCUUAAGAUUGAAUGAAAAAAGACCACCAUUUGUUCCUAAGCAUACUACAAAAGACGACAUGUGGUAUUACAGAGACGUAAAUGAAAUGGCCAAAAAAGCAGGGACAGCUCCUAUAUACUUAGAAAUGAUUUCCAAUAAAGAUUUCCCCAAGUUUCCAAUUGGUAGUCAGACGAAAGUGAAUAUAAGAAACGAACAUUUGAGUUAUAUCAUCACAUGGUAUUCCCUCUCUGCAGCUACUGGAUAUAUGUGGUAUAAGUUAGUUGUUAAAAAAGUGCCAGGUUUAGUUUGAAAGAAUAUUUGAGUUUAAAGAAAAGAGCAAUUUCUAGAGGAUAAAUGUAUGCAGAUUAAACAAAAUGUACAAUAAUUAUCGAGAUGAUCAAAACUUUGUAUACUUUGAGCUUAUGUUUCAUAUGCAUUAUAUGGGUCGUUAUUUUAGUUAGAUAUUGAAAUAUCUUGCAAAGUAUUUAUUUUUCAAACACUUUUUCCCUAAU